CUCUCUAAUUAUCAGUCUUCGAGAAUCCUCCCCUUCCUCCAUCCCUUUCACAGCAGCUGUAACACACACGUACACACUCACACACACUCUCUCGCGUCUCAGUUGUGCUGAGACUUCUGCUCCUGUAAAGAUGCUGCUGCUGCGGAAAGUUCGAGAUCAGGUCAAGAAACACCCAGGACUGAUCCCGCAGUUCUUCUUCAUCUGUCUGGGCAUGGGUGGAGCGUUCACGUAUUUAUUCCGUCUGGCCAGAGGACCUCAUGUCGUCUGGAAUAAGAGCACAAACCCUGAACCCUGGAACCAGCUCAGUCCCAGCUACCAGUACAAGUUUCUGGCCAUUAACACUGACUACAAAAACCUGAAGAAGGAAGGACCAGAUUUCUGAAGACGUCAUGAUCACUGAGUCAGCGUUUGUCAUAAAGAUGUGGUCAAAAAUAGACUGACUUUAGAGUGAGGUGAUAUUUACAAAAAUGCAGUCGAGGACAAAAUUAUUCACCCCCCUGUGCAAUACUCAUUCUUUUCUCAACAGCAUCUCCUCUAAUAUUUCUUAUUUGUUUUAUUUGGGCUAGAAUAAAAGCAGCUUUUAAUAGUUUUAAAGGCAUUUUAAGCUCAAUAUUAUUGGCCCCUUCAGCAAUAUUAGUGUUGGAUUGUCUCCAGAACAAACCACUGUUAUACAAUGACUUGCCUAAUUACCCUAACUUUACCCUAAUUACCCUAGUGAAGCCUUUACAUGUCACUGUAAGCUGAACACUAGUGUCUUGAAGAAUAUCUAGUCUAAUAUUAUGUGCUGUCAUCCUGGAGAAGAGGAAAGAAAACUAAGUAGGAUUAGAAAUGAGCUGAAAAAAAUCCUCAUUAAACAGAAACUUGGUAAGGAGGGUGAAUAAUUCAGACUUCAACUGUAUACAUCUUAAUAAAAUGCACUGAUAAUAAUGAAGAUAAGAGAUAGCGAGCUGAAUAUAGCAUCUGUCACUAGAGUUAGUUGUAUUGAUAUUAGAGCUUUACAGUAGUACAUACAGUACGAACAGCUUCAAUCCCAGAAAGCUGCGAUGACCUGACCUUCCUCUGCCGAGCAUGAGAAAAGGCCAACAGAAGACGCAGAUGUUUGUCUGAGUGUAAACAAACCUGAGGAGCAGAGGAUCAUGGGAAGGAGACCGAGGCCUGACCCUAACUCCGGGAUUCAGUGUAAAAUCAUCAUCUGUUCAGGACAACAACAACUCAUUGAUUAAACGUCAGCACUGUGAGCGUC